UCAUGCCUACUCGGCUGAUUUCGGCCUUUGCUGUUAACAUGGACACGUUCAAUAUGUUUGUCCUACUUUUGACCAUUUCUGCUGUUUUCUCCGUAAAAGGGGAUGCGGUCCACAGAAGAUUUGAAUAUAAGUAUGGGUUCAAACCUCCAUACCUUGCCCAAAAGGAUGGGACUGUUCCAUUUUGGGAGCACAAAGGAAAUACCAUUGCCAGCCCAGACAAUGUGAGGGUGACGCCUUCUCUGAAGAGCCAAAAGGGAAUGAUCUGGAACAAGAACCAAGUCACCUUCAAGUGGUGGGAGGUCGAGAUGUGGUUCCGCAUCACGGGCCGAGGUCGCAUCGGUGCUGACGGCCUGGCGAUGUGGUAUACCACCGAGCGGAUGGUGGACGGUCCCGUGUUCGGCUCCAAGGAUAAGUGGAACGGACUGGGCGUCUUCUUUGACUCGUUCGACAACGACAACAAGCGCAACAAUCCCUAUGUGUCGGCCAUUGUCAACGACGGUACACAGGUCUAUGACCACGAACGCGACGGCCAGGGCCAGAUCAUCGGCGGCUGCCUGCGCGACUUCCGCAACAAGCCGCACCCGGUGCGCGUGCGGGUCACCUACCUCAACAGCGUGCUCACCCUGGAGAUGCACAACGGCAUCACCAACAGCGACAAGGACUACGAGCUGUGCUUCCGCGCCGAGAACGUGUACCUGCCCGAGAACGGCUUCUUCGGCCUGUCGGCGGCCACCGGCGGCCUGGCCGACGACCACGACGUGAUCAAGUUCCUCACCACGUCGCUGGCGACCAACCCGCAGGACAUCAAGGACGAGCGCAUCAGCGAGCAGGAGCGACAGCGGCUCAAGAAGGAGUUUGACGAUUACCAGCAGAAGACGGAGCAGGCCAAGGCUGACUACCAGCGCCAGCACCCGGACGCCAAGAAGGACGACGAGUACGAUGACGAGUUUGACCCGGAGACGUCGCGCGAGCUGCGUCAGAUCUUCGACGGCCAGAGCCAGAUUUACGAGACGAUCCGCGAGAUGCACCGCAAGAUGGACGAGAUCAUCGGCCGCCAGGAGCGCACGCUGAGCGCGCUGAGCCAGCGGCCGGCCGGCCAGCCGGCGCCGGCCGGUCAGCCCCAGCAGGCGGCGCUGCCGGCCGCCGACUCCAUCCGGCGGCAUGAGGUGGACGCCGUGCUGAACAACCAGCGCGAGAUUGUGCAGGCGGCCCGUGAGAUCAAGAACUUUGUGGGGGAGAUCAACCAGCGGUCACACACGAUCCUGCAGAACCAGCAGAAGCCGGUGGGCACGGUGCAGCAGGCGGGUGGCGCCGGCGGCGCAUUCGAGCAACAGAAGGUGAUGAACGAGCUGCGGGACGGCCUGAACAUGGUGAAACGCGACAUGAGUAUCACGGCACAGCGACUGCAGCAGCAGCCGCCGCCGGCCUGUCCCUCCGGCGCCGGCGGCUGCGUCAGCGUCGGCGUGUUCGUCGGCGUCGUGCUCGUUCAGCUGGUGGUUAUGCUGGGCUUCCUGACGUAUAGGGACAAUAAGCAAGCGGCGGCAAAGAAAUUCUACUAGAAACUGCGACCGUCUCGGCCGCCCGACUUCCAGCGUAUGGGUCUAUUUUUCUACGAGGUCCGCUUGUGUUUUGUUCCCAUCCGCCGGGGAGGCCAGAGCGGCCCGCCGGCCGGUCUGUGCCCCCACUUCCAGCUCCCAGCCCCUCUCUCGUCUCCCAGUUACCGAACCGCCAGGCUUGCCUUGCUCUCGCCGGACCAAUGUGCAAUGCGUCUCCCGCUGACUGGAGCGGGACGUGUGCCCGGCGCCUGGCCGGCCGCCGCUAGCCGGGCCUGCGA